AUGUUCUACAUCAGUUCUACUCGUGCCACAGAACCACUACUAUCUAAUGGAAAUAUAGGAUGGAACAGAUUCACAAAGCCUGAUGACAACGGCCAAAUAUCGGAUGACGGAGAAGGUUCUUUUUACAAUAAAUCCAUAAAUGAAAAUAUUGCUAAUUACAGACCAUUCACUUUACUUGAUGGAGGAUUUGGCUGUAUUAUAGUCACCCGAUAUAUAUAUCAAAGUCCACUAGAAUUACAGGAUGCAACGCUUUCGCAAUGGACUGUAUAUGUAUCAUUUUUGAGAUCUGGCAGCUCGAUUCCGACAAAACCUUUUAUUCAGUAUCAGACACCUAUACAACUAAUAAAACUGGAGUUUCAGCGAUGCGCAAUAGUUUUUGAUGGAACUGGAAAUGAAUGUUUUAUGAUAGCAUCGAUGAAUCGUACUGUUUCUGUGAAUACAACAGCAACGAAUACAAGUAUUACCACAGAUGGUAACGGUAAUAAAACAAAUGGCCUUGAUAAUACAACAUUAACAGAUCUAAACACACCUCUUAAAAUAUAUUCAAUUAUUCAGUUUAGAAGUUACUGUGCUGUGAUUGCCAUACAAAAAUUAAAUGUUAGUUUUCAAAUGGAUUUAUUGUUUCCACUUUUCUACGGUGGAUAUGUGAUGUAUGAAGCAGUAAAGACAGACAAGACAGGUGGUUAUAUGCUGGAUCGUGAUGGUAUCUUAAGAGAAAAAUGGAGUUUUGAAACUUUUGCUAAUCAUUCAAGUGCGUUUUAUUUGAGUAAUACUAUAUGGGCUGCAAAAAAAGAUACAAUAGCAGCUAAAAAUUGGACAAUAAUAACAAAAACAUUUCCUAGGUUUAAAGCUUCAAAUGCUGAUGAACGUUAUCGAAAUCCAAAUAUCGUUAUUACAUUUCCAACAAUCGGAGCCGUUAUUCCAUCUAAUAUCGCACAAAUAAGCAUCACAUAUAGCGAACCUGUUACCUUAUCAUCCGGUAAUAUCACAAUAUAUCAAGAAGGCAAAUAUGGAUCAGCUGAUAUUUUUCGUCAAGGAGGAAAUCAAUUGUCUCAAUCUCUUCAAAUUAAUAUCCAAGAGAAAAAAGUCUCGAUUUCAGUUUUGGAUUCCACUUUUAAUGUCCCAAAUGCUACUUAUUAUGUGAUUAUUGACACGGAUUUCGUUCAAGAUUCUGAUACAGGUGAAACAUUAUUUGGAAUGGGUAAAGAAAGUUGGCGAUUUACUACUGAACCAUUUAAAGCUGGCUCAAGUGAUAGAGGUAGAAAAUCAGGAAUAAUUCGAUUGACGACUGAGGGUUCAAUAGCAUUCAAAAACUCAUUAAAGAGUGGUUCUUUCAUAUAUGAAGAUAUAUCGAAUGUACUCGCAAAUGUUAUACCAAUCUCAAGCAAAAGAGUCGAAAUAAAGAAAAAAUACCAAUUCGACGGUGAUCAAAUUCUUUUUCGAAUAAUUAUUCUACCUUCAGAAAAUAAUUCCGAAAAUAGCGUCCAACAGGUUAUGAGCAAUUUAAAGACUCUUAUAAAAUACAAGGAUAUCACGUCUAUUUCAAAAUAUAAUUAUACCGAGUGGUUGGACAGUAGUUAUGGGUUCCAGGAAUCAAUCGAUUUAUUGGAAAAAUACAAGCUUGCGUUUCUUAUAGCUAUUGCUGUCAUUUUCUUGAUUGCUAUUGUGUUUUUCUUAGCUCGACGUAAGAAUAAAAAAGGCCGAAAUAUCGUUAUUGUUACUUGUGCAUUGAUUCUCCAAGAUAUUGUUUUCGAUUUCGCAUUUGUAAUCUUUAAUGGUAAAGAUGUACCAAAACUUUUUAUUAUCAGUUUACUCACACUAAUAAUUCCAAUCGUCAUGAAUUGCGCCGUCGCUUUCUACGUAAUGCUAUCAGAAAAUUCACGAAACGACAAAUUUAAUUCCUGGUUCCGAAAGUAUCCACAAGUCGCUGCAGCCUCAACUCUGAUUGCCAGUAGCGAUGUCGAUAUAUUGCAUGUACUUACUUCUCAAGUGGCAGGCCUGAAAAUUUUUUCUGCUACGUUUUCCGAACAUGCUGAGACCAUUCUAUUUAUAACGAGCACAUUCAAUUUGUUCAUUGAGGAUAUUCCGCAGUUUAUUAUACGGAUUUACUAUUGGCAAACUGUUGUCGAAUACGACAUUAUUCUAUUGAUUUCGUUAUGUACCAGUGCAUUAGUCUUAGUAAAUACUGUUAUUUGUCGACUAUAUCUUGGUAUAAUACACUGUCAGAAACUAAGAAGAUCGAAUUACAUGGCAACUAGUCAAGAUGCAAUUUAA